UGGUACCUGGUGGUACCAUCAUUAUAAGAUUCAACAUGUUACUAAAUUUUGAUGAAGAACGUCUUGUAAACUAUUGUGCAUGGUUAGUGAUUGCAACUGGUGUGGUAUCCAUAAUCUCUGGAUAUUUCCUUGCCACACCUUAUGGUCGAUAUAGCCGGGAAGGCUGGGGAUUUGGUAUUGAUGCCAGACUUGCAUGGUUUUUACAAGAGUCCCCUUCAUUUAUCAUACCAUGUUCAUUACUAUGGUUCAAUGAUGGCCGAAUGGUGCUUAUGUCGCUACAACCUAAUACAGCUGUACUUUCAAUGUUUUUAAUACAUUAUUUUAGAAGGUCCUUCAUCUACCCAUUAUGGAUAAAGAAUACAGCUUCAACCCCAUUUUUUAUUUUUUUGUCUGCAUUUUUUUUCUGUUCUCUUAAUGGCUACAUGCAAGGCCAAUAUCACUUGUAUCUUGCUCACUAUCCUGAAGACUGGUUUCAAAGUUACCAGUUCAUAUUUGGUUGUUUAAUUUUUCUGAGUGGAUUUGCAAUGAACUUAUAUUUUGAUUACAUUAUCACAAACCUUCGCAAGCCUGGAGAAACUGGUCAUAAAAUACCCCGAGGUGGCCUGUUUGAGUAUGUUUCUUGUCCAAAUUUCUUUGGUGAAAUUGUGGAAUGGGGUGGUUACGCAUUAGCAUCCUCAUCUUUCGUGGCAUUUGCAUUUUUCUUCAACACUUUUAUUCAACUUGGUGUCCGGGCAUUUUACCAUCACAGAUUUUACCACAAGAAAUUUGAGGAUUAUCCAAAGAAUCGUAAGGCAGUGAUACCAUUCGUAUUCUGAUAUUCUCAUGGGCUAAAACGUUUAAUGAUAAAUGUUGAAAAUGGGUACUAUUCAGGAAGAUGUGUAAAUUUCAGGACUUUGAUCUGGUAACAAAUGUUAAAUUCACAUAUUUGCUCAUCGACAGACGACAGUGAUUCAAAUAAAAAGCUUUAUUCAAGACGUAAUUCUACUAAUUUGAUUGUGAAGAAUAAAAAGCUUUAU